GCCAGUCCCGCCCCCCUGACAGCGUCUCCAGCCGCCGCCGCGACAGCAUCCUCCGUCGAGAGCCGCGAGCCCCGCCGAUCGCCCCAGCCGCCGCCGCCUCCUCCGCCGAGGGAAGGGAACCGUGUCGUAUGUCCGCUAUCCAGAACCUCCAACCCUUCGACCCCUUUGCUGAUGCAAGUAAGGGUGAUGACCUGCUCCCUGCCGGCACUGAGGACUACAUCCAUAUAAGGAUCCAGCAGAGGAACGGCAGGAAGACCCUCACCACAGUCCAGGGCAUCGCGGAUGAUUACGAUAAAAAGAAACUGGUGAAAGCCUUCAAGAAGAAAUUUGCCUGCAAUGGUACUGUAAUUGAACACCCCGAGUAUGGAGAAGUGAUUCAGUUGCAAGGCGACCAGCGCAAGAACAUAUGCCAGUUCCUCGUAGAGAUUGGACUGGCUAAAGACGACCAGCUGAAAGUCCAUGGGUUUUAAGUGCCUGUGGGUCACUGAAGCUUUAUGCAAGAAGAUUUCCUUAUCAUGAAAUUCCCAGCUGUCCCUUGUCAUAAGUUUAAAACCAGCCGGUUUGUGUAAUGUAAUGAUUUUGGGUCCACUGUUCAGUCUGGACUAGUGUAAUUUGGUGAUGUAAUAAACUGACAAGAGCCCAUGCUAUCUCGUCUUGCUGUCCCUCAUUUAACAGAGAUAAAUCUGGCGUUUGGCACAGUCCAGCCUGAAGCCAAAGUAACCGGAUGGUCCAAGUUAAGCCAAGGGACUCGGCCUGUCAGUCCAAACUCUGUCUGGAUCGCUCCUCAGUCCAGCUGCUCUUCCAUUCCAAUGGACAGCAAUUUUUCUGGUGCCUCCCGCAGUCCUACAAGGAGCGAGGCAUGGAGCAUGAGCUGUGACAUGGCACAGGGAGAUGGCGCCUUCCCCUUAGGCAGUGUUGGCUCCCGUUGGCAGAGGGAUUUGGGGAAGCUUUGAGCAAGAGGAUUGACUGAAGACCAGUGACCUCGAGGCUGGAUGGCGACCGUUGUGGCCUGGCAGGCGGUGGGACAGUGUGAGCCUCAGGAUACCGGGCUGGCGUACCCGAAGGAGCUAUUACCCUGGGUUAAACUUGUGACAAGGGAUCAGUUUUGGACUAAUGUAACGAGUGUCACUGUAGAUCAAGCCACAGAGCGCGUGUGUCACUAGCAGCCGCUGCCUAAUGCCCUGUGAAGUAACAGAUUUUUGGUUUCAUUUUUAAUGUUUUCUGUAAUGUAUUUAAAGUCUUAUUUAAAUAAAAUUGGCUUUCAGAAGCA